CACCUCGUGAGGAACUGCGCAAACGCGGGAUGCCCGGCGUAAGCGGACGAACUCCGAAACAUCGAUAGCCCGAGAGAUCUCGGUCUGGCGCCAUCUUGGACCGAAAGAUCGAGCAGCUUUGAGAAGAACGAGCCCCAGGUACUAGGAAUAGGUCCCAGUAGGAGGUCGACAGCCCCCCUCCAAGGCGGGUCCUAGGUUCUAGGGUCUCGGCGGCCCCUGAGCCCUCUCUGAAGAGAAGGCCUGGCGGCAGCCGCGACUCUCUUCCGCCCCGCCUGGUUUCAGCUCUGCGACCGCAGACGAGGGCCCGGGCGCCGCCGUCGAGCAUGUUUCACGGGAUCCCAGCCACCCCCGGGAUGGGAGCCCCUGGGAAUAAGCCGGAACUGUAUGAGGAAGUAAAGCUGUACAAGAAUGCCCGGGAAAGAGAGAAGUAUGACAACAUGGCAGAGUUGUUUGCUGUGGUGAAGACAAUGCAAGCCCUGGAGAAGGCAUACAUCAAGGACUGUGUCACCCCCAAUGAGUACACAGCAGCCUGUUCCAGACUCCUAGUCCAGUACAAAGCUGCCUUCAAGCAGGUGCAAGGCUCAGAAAUCAAUUCCAUCGACGAGUUCUGCCGAAAGUUCAGACUUGAUUGUCCACUAGCCAUGGAAAGGAUCAAGGAGGACCGACCAAUCACCAUCAAGGACGAUAAGGGUAACCUCAACCGAUGCAUUGCUGACAUUGUCUCACUCUUUAUCACUGUGAUGGAUAAACUCCGUCUGGAAAUACGUGCCAUGGAUGAGAUCCAACCUGAUCUUCGAGAGUUAAUGGAGACCAUGAACCGCAUGAGCCACUUGCCUCCUGACUUUGAGGGUAGACAGAAAGUCAGCCAAUGGCUACAGACCUUGAGUGGCAUGUCAGCUGCAGACGAGCUGGAUGAUUCUCAGGUCCGACAGAUGCUGUUUGAUCUGGAGUCUGCCUACAAUGCCUUCAACCGCUUUCUGCACGCCUAAACCCAGGGCUCUUGGUCCAUCCCACUCAGCUAUAAUUUGAGACCCAGGGCUAGGACCAUGGUUUACAGGGCUAGGAUCCCUGAAUUUUUGGGGAGGACCCUAGAAUAAACUGCUCAUUUCCCCCCUUUCUUCCAGCUUGGUGGGGUAGGGGUUGGGAGGGACCUGUCUCAGGGUUACAGGAGAAUGCUUUUCUUUCACCACUUCCUCAAGAAGGAUUGUAAGUGGUGACCUAGGGUCGACCUACACCAGAGCAUUCUGCUUGGGCUGACCCCAGCCCUUAUAACCCAGGGUGCAUUAACACAAUCACUCCAGCUCACUGGUGGUAUAUGAGCCAAGUCAGCAGGGGCUCUUGGUUUCCUUGGAGCGUGUUUUCUUCUCCUCUUUCCUGCUUUCUGAGUUCACCUGACCCUCAUCUACCCUUGGCUAUUUUCAUCUCUGUUCCUUGGAAGAGGUGGAGCAUGGAUAUGGGGCUAAGUGGGUAGUGUCCUGGCUUAUCCUACUGGUCUCCCAAAAUAAAGUCUGUGCCCUAUAACUGGAGUCAAGACAACUUAAGUUCAAAUCCAGCUUCAGACACUUUACCAGUGUGUAACCUCUGAAUAAGUCACUUAACCUCUCUCAGCCUCCAGAUGUAAAAUGGGAAUAGUGUCAGUAUCCACAUAGGAUUCUUGUAAAGAUCAAGACAAUAUUUGUAAAAAGUUUAGUACAAUACCUGACAAAGUAAGCUAUAUAAAUACUUAUUACCCUUCCCUUUAAGUCUCUUACUUCCAUACACUUGGGUGUGAAGAACUGGAACUUAAUUCAUAUCCAUUAGAGUCCUUCAAACUUUUAAAUUCUAUACCCUUUUCCAGGGAAUAUUCUGCUGAACCAAGUCAACCCCACUUCCCUAAAGCACCAACAGAGUCAGAUACUUGUCUUUUUGUCGUGAUCCUCUUGGACCCAGCUUUGUCCACUUUAUACUUCCAAGCCUUCCCCUAAUCCCCGUCCCUCUUAAGAUCAGAGUUUAGGCAUUAAUACUAGCUGGUGUGAAUUAAGUGUCUAAAUCACUGUAUCCAGUCUCAUGAUCCCAGAGAUCUUCCCAUUUCUAGGGAAAUCUGAACCCAGUCUGUAAUCCCCAUUCACUACCAUGGUUGUGACCUUUGUCAGUACAUAGGGCUAGACAAAACAGGCCUGGUUGUGUGAGGAAAAACUAAUCCAGCUGCAAUUGGCCUUGACCUGAAGCCAUUUUGUUACCCCAACGCCCAGAGUGGAGCAGGAUUGUUCUUGGGCCACGUGUUUGCUCUGGCAGAGAGGGUAGAUCAGUUAAAUCAUUUUAGGAGAGUUGUGCAUUGGGUGAUGAUCAGACUAAAGGAGCCCUCAAACAUCUCAUCAACUCUUGACUGUUAGGCUCUGGUCUGCUAUCUUGUAUGCUUGAAUUUAAAAUGAACAUUAGCCCCUUUACACAAGAAACUUGACCACAUUAGAUGAUUGAACAGCUGGAUAGGAUUCCAUCACCAGGUUAUUAACACUAGAAGGACUGGGUUCUUCAAUUGACAAAAUUUUAAUUUUGAAAUAAAAUUGUUCAUUCUAUUAAAUUUUGGGGGUUUUGCCUUAUGGAUUUAAAAAAAAUGCUGUAUCAAUUGAUGAAGCUUGGCUUUUGAGAUAAUUCUUACAUUCUGGUCCAUCUAAUACUUAAGAUCCAAAAACCUAAGGCAAGUCCUAGUUUUUUGAAUGUUAAAUAUUAUCAAAGGCUACCCCAUCCUCAUUAUGGGACAAAUUUUCCCCAUGGACAGGUCAAGAACUAGAUCUGGGCAAAAGUUGGUUGACUUUUUUUUGACUUCCAUGCCACCCUUGUCUCCUGCUCACUACAUUGCCACCAAUAGAUAGCUUCAGAAAAUCCUUCCAAUCUGUUUUUACUACUCUUUAAUUUUUCUUAUUGUGUAUUUCCUCAUCUCAGACCUUUCUAAGCCUCAAAGGGCAUUUUAUUCACUAUGCAUUUUGGAAAACACAUAGUAGAUGACUGUGGCUUCAUUCUUCAAGGGGCUUUCAGUCACUUGUUUUAGAGUUAAUUUUCUGAAAAGCAUUCUCUUUUGAUCAUUUUCUGCUUGAGAUAGUAGGCAAAACGAGAAAUCUCUUCUAAUUCAACAGUCAAGCAAAGGGAAUUCCCCUCUGGCCAUGAUUUAAAAAAAAGUCAUCCUCCACUUGAGUUUUUCAUCUAUCAAGAGGUUGAUAAUGUUUCAGUGUUGAUAAUGAAAUUGUGGUCACUAUGCUGUUCAGAGUUCCCAAGUCUUUAAAAUUUUUAUUAUAUCAGUGUGUAUAAAUUGGUUCUGCUCACAUACCUUUGUCAGAUCACACAAGUCUUUCCAGAUUUCUCUAAAAUCAUCUGUCAUAUCUUGCAGCAUAAUAGUACAUAUUUCCUAUACCGUAACUUGUUCAUCCAUUCCUUUAUUGUUUGCUACCUAAAAAAGGAGCUGUUAUAAUUAUUUUUGUAUAUAUGGGUUAUUUUCUUCUUUCUUUGAUAUCUCUGGGGAAUAGACAUGGUAGUGGGUUUAUAACUGGGUCAAAAAGUUUGUACAAUAACUUUAUAUGUAUAAUUCCAAAUUAUUUUUUUUGAAAUUGGCCAGACUACCAAUGGUGCAUUGAUGUAUUUGUUUUCCCUUUAGCAUUUGUCAUUUUCCAUUUUUUUUUGUUAGCAAUAACUUCAGUUGUAGUUGAUGUGCAUUUCUCUAAUUAUUAGUAAACCAAGUAUAUUUUCAUAUGGUUGAUAGCUUGGAUUUUUUUCCCUUGAAAAAUUUUUGGCAUGGUCUUAUCAUUUGGGUACUGAGUGACUUAUUCUUGUAAAUCUGAAUCAGUGAUGUCAAACUCAGAAAUGGAUCUUUACUAGCCAGAUACUGGUUUAGAAAAUCACAAAUAAGCAUGAUUAUUUAUUUUGUAUUUUUAUUUUUGUUAAACAUGUUUCUGUUAUAUUUCAAUUUGGCAGCUCUAGGUAAUUUAAAGAGGCAGCAGUUUGAUACCUUUGCCCUAUACUUUACACCUUUUAUACUAGAUUAUAAAGAGGAUAGAGGGCUAGGACUGGAGUCAGAAAUUCAGUUUGGAUUGUGUUCAAAUCCGAUCUUAGGUCACCAGCUGUUACCCUAGGCAAGUUGUGUAACUUAAGUGAGCUUCAGUUCCCUCAUCUAUAAAAUGAGGAUAAUAGCACCUACCUCCCAGGAUUGUUGUGAAGAUCAAAAAAGAUAUCUCAAGUGCUUUGCAAGCCUUAAAUUAAAGCAUUAUAUAAAUGCUAGUGGCUAUUAUUAUUAAAUGAGAUCUUGAUCAAAAAAACUUGCUGCAAUGAUUUUUUCCCCUCAUUUACCAAUCCUAAUUUUAACUACAUUGGUUUUUGUGCAAAAACUUCAUAAUUUUAUGUAAUGAAAAUUGUCCAAUUUAUCUUCUGUGACCCUUUCUGUUUGAUCACGAAUCUUCCCUUACCCAUAAUUCUAACAUGUAAUUUCUUCCUUGCUCCUUUAAUUUGUUUAUGCCAGGCUUCAUGUCUUAAGUUAUUCCAUUUUGGAUGGUUUGGGUAUUGAAUGUAUGCUGUUGGCUUACCCUACUUUCUGAUAUACUGCUUUCUGUUUUUCUCCAAGAGUUUUUGACAAAUUGAGUUCUUGCUUCUGAAGUUCGGAUCUUUAAGUUUACCACAUACUGGGUUACUGGCGCUUACUUUAGUAUAUUGUGUCCAUAAUCCUUUCUACCAAGCAGUCUUUCUGUUUCUUAACCAGCUCCAAAUUAUUUAAAUGAUUAAUGUUUUGUAAUAUAGUUCCUUCCUUUCUCCCUUUUUUCAUUAAUUCCCUUGGCACUUUUCAUCUUUUCUUUCAGAAGAAUUUUGAAGUUUUUUUUCCUAGCUCUAUAAUCCUUUGGUAGUUUUCUCUCUGGAGAUGGAUAGCAUUUUUCAUCAUUCACUCCAUUUGUAAAAAACUAACUUUUGCUUCAUCUCUUCCAAGAAAUCUAGUUGGGUUUGUGUUUAAUCUAUGGUUUUCUUGGGGGUCUUGCUUGUUGAUACUUCCAAGUCAAUUCUCUUUUUCUGCCUCUAUGUCACAAGAGCAGCCUUGCCAACAUUCCCAGUAUAGUGGGGUUCUUUUUUCUUUGAGACUAAUUCCUGACUUUGCACUUGAGGUUAGAGCUGGGCUCUGCAGCACUUCUGAAAGGAGGGUUUAAGCUGGUCCUGUUGCUGCUUUCAAUGGAGUGUUUGUUCAUUCCAGGAUCUUAGGAACAGGCUGAAGAGACCUGCAAGUUUUUGGGGUUGCCAAAGUGGUCAGAAUGCUGCUUGACAUGCUCCAGGCAUCAUUUAUAAAGUCCAUGGAUUUCUCUGUCCCUGGGAUGACCUAGACUGGAAAAAAUUACUUAUUUUUUCCCUUACAUUGCCCAUCAAGAUUCAGUCUGGUGCAUUUCUUCUUUCUUGGAGGAGCUGGGCUAUACUUUUCUGAUAUUUUGACCAAAUGUCUCCUGGUAUCAUUUUGAUAAGGUCCUAAAUGGUGGGUAUGUUGAGCAGAGGGAAAUUUUUUUUUUCCUCGCUGAGGCAGUUGGGGCUAAGUGACUUGCCCAGGGUCACACAGCUAGAAAGUGGUAAGUAUCUGAGGUCAGAUUUGAACUCAAGUCCUCCUGACUUCAGGGCCAGUACUGUAUCCACUGCGCCACUUAGCUGCCCCAUAGUUAAUUCUUUUAGGGUAUUAAGUCCUUUCCAGGAUUUAGCCUGCCAGCUAAGGGCAUGCCCCAACUUCAUGGAAUGUUCUCUUUCUACUGGGUAAUUGUGAGUUCCACUAAGGAACUUGUCUUUCCUAUGCUCUCCCACUUUUUUUUUUUUUUUUUAAGAUAAGAGAUUUAUUAUUGGGUAAGCAAGGUUAAAGUAUAGGCAAAGGUAGAGAUAAGGAGGGCACUGGACAGAGGGUCCUCACAUGGCUAGCAUGUUUGGAAUCUCAGAGGGGGUCCCAGUUUUAGCUCAAGGGGCUUUUGGGUGUAGCUCCAAAGUUGGCUCAGAUCCAGGUGGGGCUGGGACAGGUCAGAUGUUCUAUUGGAAUUCAAAGGGACCAGAAUUUGUGAGUUAAAGGGUAAUUUACAUUAUAACUAGGAGAGGGUGGGAAUCUAGAAAGGACUUUCCCACAUCAUUCCCCCCUUCAAGCAGUUUCUCCCACUCUUACUUCAUACAACUGGUGUUGUAUACCUUCAUUUUGUCUGUUUUCUCCCAAAUAAAUCUACCUUUUGUCAAAGAGAA